AUGACUCGAGUUGCAAUUGCAGGUGCGACGGGCAGCAUUGGCGGUGUGAUCGCCGCAGCAAUCGCAUCGACCAAGAAACACGAAGUUUUCGUGCUCUCUCGAAAGGCCCCUGACGCGUCUAAUAACUCUGGGUCAAUCUCGACCCUCACCGUCAACUAUGACUCCGUUGACGACAUUGAGACAAAGCUGACUUCCAACAACAUCGACACCGUCAUUUGUUGCAUGUCCUUGAACUCUGAGGCAGAAAAUGCUUCACAGAUCAAUAUUAUUCGGGCGGCGGCCAAGUCCCCUACCGUCAAGCGUUUUGCGCCCAGCGAAUUCGGCAUCGAUUACAUGGAAGCUUCGCGACAGAAGUAUCCAUUCCCGUCUACAGAGUUCAAAGUCGCCGCCAUCCAAGAACUCCAAAAGACGGACCUCCAGUACACGAGAUUCAUCACCAGCACUUUCAUGGACUACUUUGGCCCCCAGAAUGCCCCCAGCCAACUCAAGGUCCUCCCGCUAUUUAUCGACCAUCAAAGUCGAAAGGCCACCAUCCCCGGUGACGGAAAUACGCCUGUGGUGCUUACACACAGCACCGACGUGGGAAAGUUUGUCGCGGCGGCUGUGGAUCUUCCCGAAUGGCAGGAGAAGUCACUCGUUAUUGGUGACAAAUUGACUCUAAAUGAACUGGUGGAGCGUGCUGAAGCUGUUGGAAAAUGCAAAUAUGAAGUCACUCAUGUAAGCAUUGACAAGUUCCAGUCCGGCGACAUCCCUGAGUUGCCUUGCGAUGUGCACGUGUAUCGCUUCGUGCCCAAGGAGAUGGUAAUGGGGAUUCGGCAAGGUGCCGGUCUGGCCAUGGCUGCUGGAUGGAUGAACCUUGAUACUAGCAGUGGGACGCUGAAUGAUCGGUUGCCGGGGGUUGAGAGUCUAUCUGUGGCGAAGUUUUUCUCGAAGUAUGUCGCUGAGGCGGACCAGACGGCGUAUUAUGGCUAG